GGUAACUACAGUUGUAUCUCAAUAAAGAAUGUUGCCUUUGACAAGGAGUGUGGUAGUAACUUAUUGAGUGCAUACUGCCUUGCUACACAAGGAUACCGGCAUAUUCAGGCGAAGACGGGCGAAUAUCUGUACUUCCUGGAUAGUAAUAACCGAUUUGAAUGGCAUUUGCGUUUGGGACAUGUGGAAAAAGACCCACUGAUAGAUAUUCUGUCCGGUGGGAUAAUCGAUGGAGCACUGCGUCUCGCAAGGAAGGAUAUGACAAGAGAUAACUUCUUUUGCCGUACAUGCGCUUUAGCAAAAUCAAGGAGAAUGUCAUAUUGGAAUAUGAUAGGCACAAAGGCAACAGUGCCUCUCCAUACACUUCAUCUCGACUCACUGAGAAAGAUGAAACCUGAGGGGUUAAAUGGUACGGCAGGGUUUAAGUACACAUUGGCAGUGGUGGACGAUGCUACCGCUCAUAAGCGGUAUUUUGUGAUGAAAAUUGCUCAAGGAGGUUGGAAGCGAGUUAACAAAUCUUAUGAUACAACAGGCAAUUUCUCAUACAAAGACGAAAAAUCCGAACUGAUGGAGGUACUCAUUUCGUGA